AUGGUCGUAUCUAGUCUUGCGGCUGCUGGCAUUGAGCAGCGGACACGGAUUGCGCUGUUCUUGGACAAGUCUCUCGAGCUUGUUGUGUCCAUAUUUGCAGCCCACUGUAUAGGUUGUGCAUACGUCCCAUUGGAUAUCGAGAGUCCGGCAGCAAGUAUCAACACGCUCAUCGAGAAAAUCGAGCCAUCCGCUAUCAUCACAACACCAGCUCUGAGAGCUAGCUUGCCAAAACGGUCUCUGUCUUGA